UGCUAGCUAAAUAAGAUAGUAUAAGUAAUGUAAUGGUGCUAGCCUAGCUAUGCCAGUGUUACCACCAACCAGCUAGCCUAGCCCCAGUUAUCUUGUCGCUACUGACCAGGAGACUGUACGAUGCAACGUCGAGCUGGAUUCACAAUUAUGUAGCAAGCAGAACUAUUUUAUCAAGACAGUGUCGUGUAGAUGUUCAUGUUGUACAGUACCUGUCUGCUACAUAGUCUAUACGCGUACUGGGCUCGCUGCAUUUGGGGGGCAGUAGAUAACGCAAUGGUGAUUGUAGAGGCCGAUUGAUCAUACAUUAGCUAGCUUGGUUAGCUAUGGGUUGUUGUUGGAUAAAAUAAUAAUACACUCCCCUGGAUUGAUUGCAAUUGAUUCUGAAAUCAUAUCAACCGCAGCAGAACUGCCUUUAAGGAUUGACAUGGUCAAUUGCUGGGCUUAACCACUCUGUUCUGCGGAAGCAGAACCUGGCUGCUUCCCCUCACUCCUUCUCCUCUCACCCCUGACCCCCCCCUUCCCUUACCCCCGAAAACAACACAACCAUGACAACCGGGGAGUGUUGUCACCUCCCUGGUUCACUGUGUGACUGUUCUGGCAACGCUGCCCUGUCCAAGAGCGUGGAAGAGUCGGAUAGCUGCCAGGCCCAGUAUGUCACCCAGGUCACGGCCAAAGACGGCCGGCUGCUGUCAACCGUCGUCAAGCCCCUGGGCACUCAGAGUGACGGACCCAUCUGCCGAAUCUGCCACGAGGGGGCCAACGGUGAGGGCCUCCUUUCCCCGUGUGACUGCACGGGGACCCUGGGCACGGUGCACAAGAGCUGCCUGGAGAAGUGGCUCUCCUCCUCCAACACCAGCUACUGCGAGCUGUGCCACACAGAGUUCACCAUCGAGCGGAGGCCCAGGCCUGUCACAGAGGUAACAAAGUGGCUGCGGGACCCUGGUCCGAGGAAUGAGAAGCGCACCUUGUUCUGUGACAUGGUGUGCUUCCUGUUCAUCACGCCCCUGGCUGCCAUCUCGGGCUGGCUGUGUCUUCGCGGCGCCCAAGACCACCUGCAGCUGAAGAGCAGGCUGGAAGCCGUGGGCCUCAUCGCUCUCACCAUCGCUCUCUUCACCAUCUACGUCCUCUGGACUCUGGUGUCGUUCCGUUACCACUGUCAGCUGUACUCGGAGUGGAGACGAACCAAUCAGAAAGUACGACUGCUCAUCCCCGAUGCCAAGGGAGGCCACUCCACCCAACAUUCCCUGCUCUCCACCAAGCUGAUGAAGAAGUCUGCGGACGAGAGUAUCGUAUGAGGUCAAAGGUGGGGAGGAAAGAUGAGGAACAGGAUGAUGACGGGGCUGUUACUAAUGUUCUGGCGGAGGUUUGGACCCCCACCUUGCCUCCCAGCUAGAGCCGAAGCACUUGUGGAAGCAUUUCUUUUGCUUUUUCUAUCGAAGCCCUUUUUACCUACCUAAUGUGUAUUAGCUCUCCAUUAUCUGCCCCUCUUUUGUAUUGUGUUGUGUGGCCCUUCUAAGGGACGUUUAGAGAGCCAGUAGGGUUAGAUGCUGAGCUGGAACCUGGAGAGGGCUGAUGAUGCACAUGACCAAAUGAUCUUUCUCUCUCUCUCUCGACCUCUCUCUCGACCUCUCUCUCUCUCUCUCUCUCUCUACUCUCUCUCCUCUCUCUCAAAAAUGUUUUUCUGAAAAAUGAAAUAUUGGACCUUCUCCUUUCCUCUGGUGUCCUCAGCUCUCUCCCUAGGUCUCUGGUCUGUUCUUACACCUCUCUCAUGUAAAGCUUAAAGCUAGGAUUCUUCUUCACCAGCCAGAUGUCAGCUUGGUGGAUUACGAGACACUCAUGUUUUAGACAAGUCAGUCAACUACCUUCAGUUUGACUUCAGUUUUUUGUUUUGUUUCUUCUUCCCUCUUUGUGCAGGCAGGGUGACAUUUGUAUACUAGAGAUUGUGCAAUAAAACACUGUGGACGAUUGUGCUAGCAGUAUGUGGAAACACUGCUACUGACACGUACAGUUUUUGCAUGCAUGCACUGUUAAUGUUUUUGGAAAGGUUGCUUUUUUUACUUUGGGGUCAUUGUUAGAUAGAAAUUUGACCUCUGUAGUAAAAAGAUAUGCAAAAAUGCCAGCAAACUCAAGACUCUUGGGUCAGACCAUGGCUUGAUGACUUGAGAGGGAUUGUUAUCACCCUUUUAGCCGCUUACUGAGUAUUUCCUGGGCAUUUAUGUUUUUCUACACUGCGUUUAUGGAUAGCUCCUCUUUUAGUGAGUUUUGUACAUUUGGUUCCCUUCACCCUUGUGUGUAUAGUCCUUUAGACUGCUUUCUUACUUUGCUAACUUGAUAUGUAAUCAUUUGUGUAAGUAUUGUCCUUCAUUGAUAUCUCCACAGUGGAAAGUUUGUGGGUUGUGCUGUUGCUAUGGCCCAAAUCAAAUGCUUUGGAGUAGGGAGCUGGAUGUUGUGCACAGAAGCCAAAAAAAAUGUGGGAUGUAGGAUCUUUGAACCUCGUUUUUUAAUCUUGUGUUUCACUUAUGUGUUACAAGUCCUGCACCUUCUCUAGACUUCCUGUUUAGUUUAAGGCUGAGAGUUGGAGGUGCUUGUUUUAGGACUGGGGCUAAGACCGGUGGUUAUAAUGGGUGCCAUAACCAGACUAGUAUUCAGUCUCAUACUGGCAUCAAACACGAGUGAACCUGAGAAAGAGAGUUUGUCAGUCUGAUAAAGAAGAUGACUUUUACCUGAGAGAGAGUUUGUCAGUCUGAUAAAGAAGAUGACUUUUACCUGAGAGAGAGUUUGUCAGUCUGAUAAAGAAGAUGACUUUUACCGUUUGACUCUCGUUUCCCUGCCUAGGGCUGUGGCCUCAGGGAGACUUCAUGUCCUUGGGCCUGUAGACCUUCCGGACGUUCAGACUGGUCCUGUAGAAAUAUGACUUCUGAGCAGUGUAGCUCUGGAGUCCACUCUGUUUGCAGUCGAUGAACUGUUGCUUAUCAACAACAAAUCAAUACAUUUAUCCUUUUAUUUCGUGUCUCCAAUGUCACUCUAAAUGAAUCCUGUUGUAUGGAAUUAAUAUUGCAGGAUGUUGUAAAGGGUAGAUCAUGUUGUGCAAUAGUAAUACUCAUGCCUAGUAUGAUGCUGUCAUUAAUCAUUUGUCAUUGUGUUUUCGUGGGGAUGGUAGUGGCCAGCUGGCUGUCAUUGGGUCUGAUGGAAGACAUCUUUGUUCGUGAAGGAAAUUCUUCAGAUCUACGUCCAAUAGUUUUUACUCUUUCGCUUAAGUAUUUGCUCGCACGCCUGUGUUAAGCGUCUGGUGGGCGAGGUUUGUACAUGAGGUCAUUUCCUUUGAGGUCAUGAGGUCAUUUCCUUUGUUAACAUGAGACAUGCUUAGUCAGUCACGGAAAAACGGAUUUGAAAGGAUUUCAGACAACGUCGGGACAGAGGCCCGAAUCCACGUCAGCUGUUAGUUAUUCCUCUGCCCCACGCUCUCUCUCAUUGGUGGGCGUCCACAGGAAGUCUGCGUGCUUAGCGACCACGCCAUGUACGAUGUUAU